ACUGCCCAAGCUGGAAUCCACCUCAAGCUCUCCCUCAUCUUCUCAUCUUCGCUUAAAAACACAAACAAAACGAAUUUCACAAAAAUCCUCGAGAAACAUCUCCUCCUCCCCCUUCUCUCUCUCUUCCUCCUCCCCCCACAUCUCCCGCGAGAUACGAAACCCUAGCGCUCGCGGCCUGAAUCCGCAGCAGCAGGCGGGGGGCCUCGCCGGAUCACCGCCGGGCGGCGGGCGGCGGGCGGCGGCGGGAGAUGAGUUCCAGGAAGAAGCCGUCGAGGAUCGAGCCGUUCAGGCACAAGGUGGAGACGGACCCGAGGUUCUUCGAGAAGGCGUGGAGGAAGCUCGACGACGCCAUCCGCGAGAUCUACAACCACAACGCCAGCGGCCUCUCCUUCGAGGAGCUCUACAGGACUGCUUAUAAUCUGGUACUUCACAAACAUGGGCCAAAGCUCUAUGACAAACUGACAGAAAACAUGGAAGAUCACCUGCAAGAAAUGCGCGUAUCGAUUGAGGCUGCUCAAGGUGGUUUGUUCUUGGUAGAACUACAGAGGAAAUGGGAUGACCAUAACAAGGCUUUGCAAAUGAUCAGAGAUAUCCUGAUGUACAUGGACAGGGUUUUUAUUCCCACCAAUAAAAAGACACCUGUAUUUGAUCUUGGAUUGGAUCUUUGGAGAGAUACUAUUGUUCGGUCACCCAAGAUCCAUGGAAGGUUGCUUGACACUCUUCUUGAUCUCAUACAUAGAGAGAGAACAGGUGAGGUGAUAAACAGAUCCUUGAUGAGGAGUACAACUAAAAUGUUGAUGGAUCUAGGUUCUUCUGUUUAUCAGGAUGAUUUUGAAAGGCCAUUCCUUGAGGUGUCUGCUAGUUUUUAUAGUGGUGAGUCACAAAAAUUCAUAGAGUGUUGUUCCUGUGGUGAAUAUCUUAAGAAGGCUCAGCAGCGGCUUGAUGAAGAAGCGGAACGUGUUUCACAGUACAUGGAUGCCAAAACAGACGAGAAAAUAACUGCUGUUGUGGUGAAGGAAAUGCUUGCGAAUCACAUGCAGAGGUUGAUUCUUAUGGAGAACUCAGGUCUUGUUAAUAUGCUUGUGGAGGACAAGUAUGAAGACCUGACCAUGAUGUACAGCUUGUUUCAACGUGUUCCCGAUGGUCACUCGACAAUUAAAUCUGUGAUGAAUUCACAUGUUAAAGAAACCGGGAAGGAUAUGGUAAUGGAUCCUGAGAGGCUGAAGGACCCUGUUGAUUUUGUCCAGAGGCUUCUAAAUGAGAAGGAUAAGUAUGACAGUAUUGUUACCACUUCCUUUAGCAAUGACAAGAGUUUCCAAAAUGCUCUGAAUUCCUCCUUUGAGCACUUCAUUAACUUAAACAAUAGAUGCCCUGAGUUCAUCUCGCUGUAUGUUGACGACAAACUGCGUAAAGGAAUGAAAGAGGCCAAUGAGGAGGAUGUUGAGACUGUCCUGGACAAAGUGAUGAUGCUGUUUAGGUACUUGCAAGAAAAAGAUUUGUUUGAGAAAUACUACAAGCAACACUUGGCGAAGCGCCUUCUUUCUGGGAAGGCUGCUUCUGAUGAUUCUGAGAGAAGUAUGCUUGUGAAGCUCAAGACAGAAUGUGGAUAUCAGUUCACUUCAAAAUUGGAGGGCAUGUUCAAUGAUUUGAAGACCUCUCAUGAUACCACACAGCGAUUUUACGCUGGUACUCCUGAUUUGGGGGAUGCCCCUACUAUAUCUGUCCAGAUACUCACCACUGGGUCUUGGCCCACACAACCAUGUAACACCUGCAACCUUCCUCCUGAGAUUCUUGGCGUGUCCGAGAUGUUUCGGGGUUUCUACCUUGGUACCCACAAUGGCAGGAGACUGACAUGGCAAACAAACAUGGGUACUGCAGACAUCAAAGCAGUGUUUGGAAAUGGCAGCAAGCACGAGCUAAACGUGUCGACCUACCAGAUGUGUGUUCUCAUGUUGUUCAACUCGGCGGACUGUUUGUCUUACCGUGAUAUCGAGCAGACUACAGCGAUACCAUCCGCGGACCUGAAGCGCUGCCUUCAGUCUCUCGCGCUUGUGAAGGGCAAGAACGUUCUGCGCAAGGAACCUAUGAGCAGGGACAUCUCCGACGAUGACAACUUCUACGUCAACGAUAAGUUCACCAGCAAGCUGUUCAAGGUGAAGAUCGGCACGGUGGCGACACAGAAGGAGUCUGAGCCAGAGAAGAUGGAGACCCGGCAGAGAGUCGAGGAGGACAGGAAGCCUCAGAUCGAGGCGGCCAUCGUGAGGAUCAUGAAGUCGAGGAGAGUGCUGGAUCACAACAGCAUAGUGACAGAGGUGACGAAGCAGCUGCAGCCUCGUUUCAUGCCGAACCCUGUGGUGAUCAAGAAGAGAGUCGAGUCUCUGAUUGAGCGCGAGUUCUUGGAGAGGGACAAGACAGACAGGAAACUGUACCGGUAUCUUGCAUAAUUACUCUUUUUUUUUUCUUCUGGAUUCUUUAACCUGACCAUAAGUAAACCGUGGUCUAUGUAUACCUGUUAUAUCACGAUAAUGCUUUUGGUUGGAUUAAGUUUUGGCCGCUGGAUCCAGGUAACAUGUGGUCUUCUUGUGGAUGUUAAUGUUUGCUUGCAGUUUGCGAUGAAUGUUA